GGUUGAAGAAGGAGAGGGAGAAGGAUGCAGGAUCAGAGGAGGCGAAAAGCAGAGCAAGUGAAAGAUGGAGAAGUAGGACAAGUGCGGCCAUACGUCGAGAGCGAUGCAGCUAAUAUCCGAGCCAGAACGGAGGGAGGAUGGAGCGGAGGAGAGGAUGUCGGUCGCACAUGUGCAAGGUCUGAUUGGUUCUACAAGCUUCCCUCUGCAGAUCAGGAGCGUCCCCAUUUUGGAAACAAGGUUAAAGCCUAUCUAAGACCCGUUUUUGGUUUCCCGAACCAGCUCCGGCCCGGGCCUCAGUCCGCGGUCUCGAGUUUGAUAGCUGGCUGUUAAAGACGACAGCACACCGGCUUAACGCUGCCAGGCGGCCCCUGUGCCCCAGCCACCAAGAUGGGAGACAGCAGAGAUUCUCGCAGUCCAGACAGUUCGUCUAUGUCUUCCCCUCCAUCGGGCCAACGCUCGCCCCCGCUGGUUCCCUCAGCGGCGUCCAUGACUUCGCUGGCACCCAUCACCACCAGCGGGGUCAACAGCCCCAUCAGCAGCAUCGGCUCGCCCUUCUCUGUUAUUAGCUCGUCACUGGACUCCCCCUGCCUGCCCGGCACACCGUCGGUGGGCUACGGCCCAAUCAGCAGCCCCCAGAUCAACUCGACAGUGACCAUGUCAGGGCUCCAUGCGGUGAGCAGCUCCGACGAUGUGAAACCUCCUCUUGGCUUGAAGCAGCUGUCGUCCCACAGCCCGGGGCCCAUGCUUUCCCAGAAACGCCUCUGCUCCAUCUGUGGAGACAGAUCCUCUGGUAAGCACUACGGCGUCUACAGCUGCGAGGGCUGCAAAGGCUUCUUCAAGAGAACCGUGCGGAAAGACCUGACCUACACCUGUCGGGACAAUAAAGACUGCACGGUGGAUAAGAGACAGAGGAACCGCUGCCAGUACUGCCGCUAUCAGAAAUGCCUGGCCAUGGGCAUGAAGAGGGAAGUGGCCAAGAUGAACAACAGAUCUGUCCAAGAGGAGCGGCAGAGGAACAAGGAGCGCGAAGGCGAGGUGGAGUCCACCAGCGCGGUGAACGAGGAGAUGCCGGUGGAGAAGAUCCUGGAGGCUGAGAUGGCUGUAGAGCAGAAGACGGAGCUUCAUGCGGAUGGAAGUUCAGGCGGCAGCUCUCCCAAUGAUCCUGUCACCAACAUCUGUCAGGCAGCAGACAAGCAGCUCUUCACUCUGGUGGAGUGGGCCAAGAGGAUCCCUCACUUCUCAGAGCUCCCUCUGGAUGAUCAGGUCAUCUUGCUCCGCGCAGGCUGGAACGAGCUCCUGAUCGCCUCCUUCUCCCAUCGCUCCAUCUCUGUGAAGGACGGCAUCCUGCUGGCCACCGGCCUCCAUGUCCACAGGAACAGCGCCCACAGCGCCGGCGUUGGAGCCAUCUUUGACAGGGCGAACAAUGCUGAGGUUGGGGCCCUAUUUGACAGGGUUCUAACUGAGCUUGUAAGCAAAAUGAGAGACAUGCAAAUGGACAAGACAGAGCUGGGCUGCCUUCGGGCUAUCAUUCUCUUUAACCCAGAUGCCAAGGGUUUGUCCAACCCCAGUGAGGUGGAGCUCCUCAGAGAGCGGGUUUAUGCGUCUCUUGAAGCGUACUGCAAACAGAAAUACCCCGAUCAGCAGGGCAGGUUCGCCAAGCUCCUCCUGCGACUCCCAGCACUGCGCUCCAUCGGUCUGAAGUGCCUGGAGCAUCUGUUCUUCUUCAAGCUGAUCGGCGACACGCCCAUCGACACCUUUCUGAUGGAGAUGCUGGAGGCGCCUCACCAGCUGACCUAAGGGAGCCGCGCUCAGACCCGGUCCGGAUCCGACGCACAGCAGGGUUAUGGCCGCGGCCCCCAGUGUCUGGUCACUGGCUCCUCCUGUUGGGCCUCGCUUAACUGCAGCACCUGCUGGUUUUAAUGUGCCAGCGUUCACACACACACACACAUACACACACAUUUCCUGUCACCACGCUCACUAUAUCCACCCAUGCACAUGCAGAUCACUGAAACUGGAUACAGGAACUGAAAAGAUAUAACAAAUCCACAGAAAAAGGCUUGAAGCUAAUAGUUGCUAACGCUCACCCACGCAUGGAUUUUCACUAUUGUUUCCCGUGAUCACUUUUCCUCUGCUGGGGUGUCGACUCUAGGAACCGUGACACCCAGACAGCAAAACGUCUUAAUUUAAGUCAGACGCCAGUUUUCACAUCUUCAUGUUCUCAGUGGGACUUUUGCUUCUGCACAACCGGUGUUUUUCCCCUCUUUUCUUUUCACUUUGGUUACUUACAGCUACUGCCAGCUGCACCUCUGUUCUGUUCUACUCAGAACGAGCUGCUUAGUUUGUUUGUUUUUCACCAUUUGAGCUGAAAAAAAUCAGGUGCUUAGCAUUUGAAUCAACUGUCCAGCGUCGAAACGAAAUCAUGCAAAGACAUCAUCAGAGCAAAUUUAUUCAAUCGGGUAAACAUAGAAAUAUUAUUUUUUUUUCUUUGUAUUCACGCAGAAACUUGUUAAGAGUUUCUAUUUUUGAAGUACUGUACUCAUGAAAUGAGCGCUUUUUUAAGGCAUUGAAAUCCAGGAAAAGGGGGCCGGGAGUGCUUUGUUUAAAAAAAAAAAAAAGAAAAGAAAACGAAGCCCCCCCACCCGCCCCCACCCUGAUGCGCACAGCGGGCUUUGUAAGAAAGGAAGAAUGACUUGAAUAAUUUUUUUUUUCUUUUGAUUUUUAAGUUUAGAUUUUUUUUUCUCCAGUUCGGCAUUUUAAAGACGCUUGAAGCUUACAGGAAGUAAAGCUUCUUGCAAUGAAAAAAAAAGUAUUUGUUUCUCUUUUUAUCUUCCGCCCCCCUCCCCUCCCCCUCUUCUCUCGUGGUCAUUAAUGCACUUUUGUGAGUUGUAACUGUGUAAAUGUUCCUGUUCCCUAAAAAUGACCACCCCCCCUUCCCAGACACCUAAGAGGAACUUGAAGGUACUAAGUGUAGGUUUUUUUUCUCAUUAUUGCAAACCUAACUUGUUGAACUUGGCGAGCGAUUGUGGAGUUUCGGUGCAGAUUUGGGCCGGGUCGGGUCUUAAACCGGGCUGGAAACCGUGACGAGGGUCUGCCCCCUAACGAGCAGCACGGCUUUUAUCCAAGAGGCCAUGAAAGAGGAAAUCGUUUUCAGUAAUCGUGUGUAUAAUCGGGACGGCUUGUUUCUGAGCGUCGCUGAGGAAACAAACGUGUCGGACUUUUGAAGCGUCCUGGGACCGUACGCUGAGGGUGUCGGAGCUAAAAGACGUGGCUCGGCUUCGCUUUGUUCUGUUUUAGAAACAAGGUGCUGAGCGCUCGUUAGCUGCGCUUCGUAAAGACGCAGCAGAGGAGUCGGAGGCUGGAAACAGAAACGAUGCCACGGAGGGAAAAGUGUAGACGGUAUCGACUGGUGUUAACAUUUAGCAGAACCUCGGACCGCUGGCUGUGAACGUGGAUCGAUAGGCGGUGCGUCCCUGUUGGUAUUAGGACAGGAUGUCUUGACUAGUGUUAAAAUAAGGCCAUUUAUUUCUGCCCGACAGUAUAAAGGAAAUCCUACACCUACUACCUGUGGAUCUGGACGUUUUGUUGUGUGUUUGCUUGAAUCUUUUGUACAAUAGCUGUAAAUAAUACCAAAAAAAAAAAAAAAAAACAGAGAACUCCUGCAGAAACAAUGGUCUCCCCACACUUCGGAGAGUGAAACUCGUGGCUUCAAAGAAUUAAAAUUCCUGUAUUUUUUUUCUUUGUCUGUUAAUCAAACAUGACGUUUUUUUUUUUUUUUAUCUCUGGAGAACAUGAAACUGGCCGGGGCCAGAGCCACACCUCAUUGCUGCUUUUUGCACCAGCUUCUGCCAAUGUUUCCUGUCGUUCCCAGUAACCCAUUGGCUGGACGUCUCUGUUGACAUUAGCACUUGACAUUUUACUGUGAUUUCAAUUUGUGAAGAACCGAAUCGGUGAAACGGUCAAAAGCAGCUACGACGCGUUCAGAAGAAAACCCUCCACGCACCCUCUAAUGUGAGCAACACUGGGGCACAGAUUUACUUCCCUUUGCAGGCAGCGGUGUAUUUAAAGAGUUGGUAAACUAAAGUAUAUUUAGCCGCCUCCUUAGUCAGCAGAUUUAAUAGGAAUUAGUCUUUUCUAGCGAGGAGGUACAGCUGUCUUCUUCCAGGUGCUAAAUCAUCCAUGUGGUCUUUUAAAGGCCUGCACAUUCAUUCACAUCAAUGCAAACACAGUAUGCAAGAACAGGCGAGUCGCACGACGUUCCCCCUCUCAGCUGCACAGAGAUUUGUUCUCUUCUCCAUCAUCAGCUCGGCCGCAGUCUGGAACGACUGACGGCGGCGUUCCUGUAGAGUUCGGGUUCUAGAGAGAACCUGAAGCGGUGAGACGUAGGAAGCUGCAGGGUUUGAGGAAGCGUUGAGCGUCCAGCUCAGCAGAUGAUCCCUAGUUUGUUUCAGAGAGUUUUGCCUCCCUGUUGUUGCGGCAUAGAGGUUUGACCUGUUAAACGGGUGAUUUAUUUUAAUUAUGUUUGCCUAAACCGUAGACUUCUGCCUUCCUCCCGUCUUUAUAUGUUUGGUCAAGCUAGUGGCGUUUUCUCCGCUGCCAUUAUUUGCAGAGAGGUCAGCUUCUUGUGCAGCAUUGCUGACUCAAGAUUGUUGGCGAAGGAAAGCAAGAGAUGGAGGCGUCCUGGUGAUUUAGGUGACCCUCCAACAUCUGCCAGCCGUCUCUGCCGUGUAGGAAAGUCUCAGCGCUCCACUGGUGUGGCUUUAGGAUGCCGCUUUGACACCUGAGUGAGAGUGAUUCUGUAGCUGCUGAGCAUUUAGCUCUGUGGUCCGGAUCAGAGUUCAGUCGGACCCCAGGAACCCAUAACAAGCAUUUUUUUUUUCCUCCUCGUAUCUCGGCGGUGAAGCCGACUGCAGGAUCUCUGCUUUCUCUCCUCUGACUGUUUGAAACGUUUCUUUUCGGAGCUUCCUGUCUUGAAUGUUUGAGCCUACCGCUACUGCACGGUGUCCAUGACCAGGGAGGAGGACAAAAACGCUUUGAAUAUUUAACGGCGAUCACUCAGAUGAUUAAACAGCUAUUCUGCUACAUAUGCACCAUGUUUCUGUCUGUUUCAUUGAUUUGUCUGUUACAUGAUAUUAAUUAGCAGCACAGUGAUUUUCCCCCCCCAUCCCUCCUUACUUGUUCUGCUUUAGGUUGUUCUGUAUUUGUGUCAUUAUUUAGCUGAGAGCUUAGCUUUGAAUGAUUUAGAAACAUGCAGUGAUGAAAGCUAUAGACUCAGCGCAGGCUCUUAAGCUAAGCCACUUCUAGCUCUGCUGAGCUGGCAGUCGAGUGUUUUAUUUUUUUUUAAACCGCGUUUUUAUGCAUUUAUGUUCAUUAAUCUGCAGCUACACCUUUUUAACUGGCAGAAACUGUAACUUUGGCUGUGACGUGCUGAGCGUUGUGGAGUGAAGAAACUAAGCUGGUAUGUUGAGCUUUAUUAAAACAGCCGGGCCUCCCGGCGGCGGUUUGGCCCCUCUCAGCUGCCGUAGCUACAGCGGCUUGCCUCGCCCGCUCGGGCUUCGCGCUGGAAUAGACUUGCAGCUAAAAACCUCUGGUUCUCGGACUGUUUGAGGACGUGAAGCUUUUUUUUCUCGCCGGGAGGCUGUAGAGACGAGGAUUCGGAGCCGCGUGUCCCUCUUUGCUUACCUUUACUUGACGGCAGAGCUGCGAGGAUCUGCGUGAAUCGCGAAGCCCCGCCCACAAAUGCUUGUCAUUGCAAGUGUGCACUCAAGGCCGACGCAUGCUGCCACCUUCUGACUGCGUGGCGGUACUGCUGUCGCCGUCUUUGUUACGUUGUUGAAACUUCUUGUGUUUUAUGAGUUCAGAUUUUUUUUUUUUAAACGGAUGGCAGGAUCUGACCUGAGGGCGUCGUCGCACGUUCCCCCGGAGCCCCCGCUGUUUCAAUCAGAGGGCCAGCGUGUGCUAUGCAGCCCUCAAACCACCACCCUCACACUUUUCAAUCACUGCCAAGCUGUUUGCAGCCAUCUUUAAUGUGGGGCCUCUCAGUCCUCGUCACUUCUGUAAAUGGUGAUUCUGGAGCAGCACAGUGAAGACGGUGCGCUCACCUCAGCCUGAGUAGUGCUUUCUGAACAGGGGCCCUGAUAGGAAUGGGAGUGGCAGCUUGUGUGGAGAGGGCAGGCCUGGUCACAGGACGGAGAGGCGGACCAGAGCGCGGACCCCUCUGGGUGCUCAAGCUGAUCAUUUGGUGCUUUUAUAGGGUCCCACAACCUGACGACAUGCAUAGGAGCGAGGCUGAACCUGCUAGGCUGUGGUUGUGACUACAGCUGGGAACUAUAAGAGUUGCAGUUCAGAGAUAAAAACCCCGACCAGGACGGUGAAACAUCCUGACAGGAAGGACUGGUCCAGUAUGGCAGGUCUGCUGCAGGAUGAGGGGGUUAUUCUUAAAGGUCGGGUCAGAAGCGGGGAAAGUAUUUAAAUGACUGAUCAGGCGUUCAGUUAUUGAUCGAGAGGAUAAAUAGAAGAAAAAAACGAUUUCCCAGUAGAUCUAGGAUCUUCCUUAAUCUUUUACUCUUCAUCUUAAAAACCUUCACACGAUGUUUCUUUGUCUUGUUUCUCGUCUCCAUCGACUCCAACUAUGCUAUCCUCCUUUUAUUACCAAGUAUUAAACACAUGCAAGAACUGAAAAAAAAAAUGAUCAGAACUGAAUCUGUCACUCUUCUGUUUCUCUCUCCCUCUUUUGUGUCUCGUUUUUGUCCUGUUUGUAUUCUUCUCCAUUUUCCUCGUGGAGCUGAUUGACUUAUUGUGUGCUUUGGGGAUUGAAAGAAGAAAAAAAAAAUAUGAAUAAUAUUUUUUUUCAGUCAUUAAUUCUGAAUCUUGUUUCUGUUUGUUGUAUCAUGUCCGAGUAAAAGUUUUAAUACUGUA